AUGAGUGAUCAAUGGUAUGAUCCUCGACUGAAAGCUCUUUUCAUUGAGGAAGCUGAUCUUGUGGGCAUCGAUGUGCCAAGGAGUCAAUUGAUUGAAUGGUUGGUCGAUGAAGAUUCAAGACUUUUGACGAUUUCAGUGGUCGGGAUGGGUGGCCUUGGCAAGACCACUCUGGUAAAGAAAGUCUAUGAUGACCAACAGGUGAAGAAAUAUUUUGAAACAUAUGCUUGGAUCACUGUCUCGCAAUUGUUUGAAGCGGCGGAACUGCUUCGAAGCAUGAUAAAGCAAUUCUUCAAGGCGAAGGAAGAUCCAUCUCCCCAAGGUUUAGACGCGAUGACACAGGACGAGCUCAUACGAGUGCUACGGAGCUAUUUGCAGAUCAAAAGGUAUGUACUUGUUCUUGAUGAUGUAUGGGAGGCAGCCGUAUGGAAUUUCAUAGGCAAUGCAUUGCCCGAUAACGAAUAUGGUAGCAGGAGGCUUGGUCCCUCUUUUGCAAGAAGGCAUUCCAGUCGCUUUGUAGAUAAAUGCGGAGGAUUACCGCUUGCAGUUGUCACAUUAGGUAGUCUUCUAUCCGGCAAGACGAAUGUCGAGUGGGAGAUGAUUCACCGUAGCCUUGGAUUGGAGUUUGAGAAUGAUGGCCCUCUUAGAAGAUUGAGGAAAAUAUUAUUGCUCAGUUUCAAUGACUUGCCUUACUACCUGAAAUCAUGCUUCUUGUAUUUGAGAAUUUUCCCUGAAGACUAUCCGAUUAAGCGUGUGAAACUAAUUCGCCUAUGGAUAGCUGAGGGUUUUGUAGAAAGAAAAGUAGGCAGGUCAAAGGAAGAGGUUGCUGAAGGUUACCUCAAUGAGCUCAUCACUAGAAAUCUGGUUCACGUGGCAGAAUGGAAAUUAAAUGGGAAGGUGGUCACUUGUCGCAUCCAUGAUUUUGUGCGGGAGAUGAUUAUUCCAAAAUUCGGGGAGGAGCAUUUCUUUGCAUCUUCUGUUGAAGAGAACACAAUGCCUUGUAACAGAAUCCGGCGUCUGUCCAUUUAUAAAGAUGAGAAUUUUCCAAAUUUUGAUGCCUUCUCCUGCCUUCGCUCGUUGUUCAUUUUUGGUGCGAAGGACUAUCUAAUGCCCCUGCAAUCACUUCAUUUUCCGGCUUAA